AUGACUGAUGCGUUAACUCUCCACCUGAUUUUUACAAAGACUUUGGAAUCGAACAAGAUUCAAUCAGCCUUCCAAGAUUCUGGCAACGCAAUGUUUAGCUUAAGACCUGGUUGGUCAUUAGGCUUUACUCAUGCGGUGUUGACAACCGGUGAUAAACCUAAAACAGUGGCUUCAGUUGGAGGGGAGCCCCUGGAGGCAAGUGCUGCCGGUGAGUUGUGGAAAAAGUGCACCAAAGGGACACCUGUCACUGAAGAGUAUUGCUGUGUACAUAACUGCACCAACCCUAAUUGUAAACCAACGAGCCUUCAAAAGGCAGGAGCCACUGCACAUGUCUACGCUUCAUUUCAAACGCCACAACAUGACAUCCGCUUCAUGAUUCUGCUCCCAACAUGCAGUGCUGAUAACCAUGCAGGUAAAUGUCGCAAAGAGGAAGUCAACUUUGCUGAAACAGGCAAAGACGCGUAUGCGUUGUACACAGCUCUUAGUGAUCCGCCUCCUCGAGUUAUCUUCAUCGAAGUAUCAGACGCCACGGCUUCUGGAAAAGGCAGUAAGGGUAAAGGCACCGGGAAAGGCGGAGGAUUGAAAGAUGAUUAUUCCCAUGGUCCACCAGUAGGAGCCAAAAUAGCUGGUGUGCACAAGUGA